AUGGUCCUCUCCCACGAAGAGGAGAAGACUCACCCUUAUUGGUAUGCCCGAGUGAUCGGUAUAUUUCAUAUCAAUGCAGAACAUCAGAACGACAAUGGACUAUACUCACGCCCAACACGGAUGGACUUCCUACUUGUCCGUUGGUUCCGACAGGAUAGUUCGCGUGCAGGUUGGGCCGCAAAACGACUCCACCGCCUUGAGUUCUUCGACGAAGACAGCCCUGAUGGAUACAAAUUUUUGGACCCGGACACUGUUAUUCGUGGGGUGCACUUAAUUCCAGGGUUUGCAUAUCCUAUUGAUCCCAAUGAUCUGAAUUCUGACAGCCGGUUCUACUAUUUGAAUAUAUUUGUUGAUCAGGAUAUGUUUAUGAGAUACCGGGGUGGUGGAAUCGGUCACAAGGCUACGCGGGACUGGAACGAUUUUCUUCAGCAUGAAGGACACGGAGCGGAAGAAGCACAAGAGGCCGACGAGGCAGAUAUUGAUAUCGGGGAUGAUUCAGAAGAAGAUGUCGAGGAUAUAUGGAAUGAUGAGGAUGAUGAUCCGGAUGACUGGAAUGAUCCGGAUGAUGAGGAUCGAGUUGUAGCUGAUAAGGGCGAGGAACUCGAUGACAAUGUUCUCGCCGAGGAAGGCUAUGGCGCGCUUUGA